GACCCCAUUUAGGAGAAUCUCUUUUGGUGGUUUGUUGGUUUAAGCCCCUCCCCUCUUACUGCAGACCCCUGCGCCUCAGCCCCAUGCCUGAAUGGGGGCGUGUGUGAGGUCGCGACCUCUGACCUUGCCUUCGUCUGCUCCUGUCCUCCGUCUACAGAGGGCAGACUGUGUGAGAAGCCUCGCUCCUCUAUCUCCUCUGUCUCCUCACAGGCCUGUUUCAUGCCUGUUCUAAAGGGCAGGUGUCAGGAGAGGGCGGAGCCUGUUCAACGUUGGUUCUAUAACCCCGCCUCCUCCUCCUGUGAGCGUUUCCUUUUUAGUGGCUGUCAUGGCAACGGCAACAACUUCCUCACUCAGCAGGCCUGUGAGGAGCAGUGCAUGCUGGGAGCCUGCUGCUUCCGUUUCACUGGCUCCGAGCGCCGUCGCCAUGGAGCGCUCAACUCCUCCUUCCCAGAGUCCUCUGCAGGAGACGCCGAGUGGGCGGGGCCGGGCCUGAACGUGUCACUGGAGGCGUGGCAGAGCUGCGGCAGCAGACCAAUCAGCUGCGAGCACGUGUCUGUCUCUCAGUGUCAGCACAAGGGCACAGCGGUCAGCUUCUCGCCGGGACGUCCCUGCCCUGCCCAAGGGUGUGUGUCGGCUCGCCGCGGCGAGUGUGUGUGUGUGUUUAACGGGCGCUCCUUCAAGCCGGGCGAGGCCUUCGAGGUGGGGUGCGAGGCGUGCGUGUGCACCUACCGGGGGGUGGUCGAGUGCACCUGCCGAUCGCCACAGCCACGCAAGGAGAUCCGAGACCUCAGUCAAUCAGAGCUGAGGGAAUAUCAGCGGGCCGUGCGAGCACUCUACCUCCAGCCAGGUACCGGUUGCCAUAGAGAUUAGUUGCCAUAGAGAUUAGUUGCUAGUACUCCUGGGAACAGGAAGCUAACUGUGGUAGUAUUUUGAUACUAACAUC